ACGCUUAAAACGAAAUUUAAGUUAAGGUUUGUAGGUAGACAGACACUGGUCUAAUAUCCAACGAGAAGCACCGAAUUAAUCUGAUCUCAGUUAGGUUCCCAUGUCGAUGAUAUUGAGGGCAUGGAAUUGGUAUCAGAAUAGCCUCUCCGUUCAUCCGGUGAGAACCCAAGUCGCCACCUCCGGCGUCCUUUGGGCCGUUGGAGAUGUCACUGCUCAGUACAUCACUCAUUCAGCAGCUGCAUCUUCAUCUUCUAAAAAGCGUCUUCAGUUAUCUGCCACUAAAGCAGCAGAUGAUAAAUUUGUCAUCGAUUGGAGACGUGUUGCUGUUACUAGUAUGUUUGGAGUUGGUUUUGUUGGUCCUGUUGGUCACUUCUGGUAUGAAGGCUUGGAAAAAUUCAUAAGUCACAAGCUUCAACUAAUGCCACAAACUGCGCGAUCCGUAGCUACAAAAGUUGCAAUGGACGGCUUGAUUUUCGGUCCAGUACAUUUGUUUGUUUUCUUUAGUUACAUGGGAUUGUCUGCUGGAAAGACUAUUCCUGAGGUGAAGGAAGACUUGAAGAGGAAUUAUUUCCCAGCCUUGGUUUUAGAAGGUGGUGUGUGGCCAAUUGUGCAGGUUUUUAAUUUUCGGUAUGUUCCUGUCAAGUACCAGCUUCUGUAUGUAAACCUGUUCUGCUUGCUGGAUAGUGCUUUCUUGUCUUGGUUGGAGCAACAGAAAGAUGCAGCUUGGAAAAAAUGGUUUCAACCAUUUCAUUCUGCAAAUGGAAAAGGUGGUAAAUUAUGAUGAAGAGACUGGAAACAACGGUUUACACCAUUUCAUAAUUUUUCCUGUGAUGUUUUAGAAAUUGUAACAGAUAGAUUCAUAGGUUGACUGUUUGUUUUUAUUCAGCCCCCAAGAUGUUCUUCAGUUUUAAUGAUAAUAUCUGAUUCCUGAUGAGAUUAAAAGAGUA